AUGUACCAAGAAGACGUCAUCCCGCAGUCAGUCAGAGUCCACUAUAUCCAAUCUGUCAAGCGGAAAGGCGUAGAAGUGUGGGUCCGUUGCUGCCUUAAAGGGAGGCAUUCUCCGGGGUACGACUAUGCAGACCUCCCCUGGAAAAAGUUCCUGGAGAUUGCCGGAGCCAUCCACGCUGCGAAUUGCAUCCAUGCGGACCUCUACGAGCAUGUACGGACAUUAAUGCGGGAGAUGCGGGAGAUCGAGCCUGAGGAGCAAGAAGAGAUCAUUGUUGAGAAGGAACAGUUUACCCCUAGCCGCGUCCUUCGUCGACCUCAACUCCGGGACAUUUGCGAUGUUUACAGCUGGGGCGGAGUAUUCUGGGUUACGGUGAAGGAAGUCAAAUUCUUCUACGAGACUCGCCCACUUCUAUCACUCGUGGUCGACAUCCUGCUCCCCGAGCUCCCGGCGCGUCUCGUCUAUACGUUACUGCUCCUUAUCGUCAUGGCGCCAUACAAACUGGCUAGGGGUGCUCCUUCUCGCGAGGCAGAGGAACUGUCCACAAAUUUCUCGGGCGACUUUCAGGACUACAGUGCCUGGACAAGAGGCAUAGUCUUGCUUAGUAUCCAAUGCCUCCUACGAGCAUUCAAGACACUCAUUGAAGAAGACGAUGAAGAUGACUAUUCUCACAUGUGCCGGGAACAUGACUGCACAAUCUUGGUGCAGGAAGUAGAGUGUCCCCGGAGUUCCGCCAAGAAAACGUACGCCAAGGACGCGUGA